GCCCGUCAAUGCAUUAAUUAACAUAGUUUAUGCUGCCACGCCCCCUCAACGGCGCUUCCCAGCUAAAGCGCCACCGCGGUGAAGCGGCCGGCCACUCCGUCAAUCCGAUCGCAUCGAAGCCAUCGCCAACGACGCCGCGGCCCCAUCUUUGUCUCUACGUGAGCGCGAGCCGCCGAAGUUACUCGCGAACGAGGAGAAGCAGCAACAGAAGCAACAGCAUCGGUGACGGAAGACACGUGUGCCUCUUGUACAGCGGAGAGAGCACGCGCCCCUCCAUCCCACGCGAGCGCGACCUGAUGUGUGUGCAGCGCGAUGUCCGAUCGUGCGGGGUCUAACGGCAAGGGGAACAAUAGUCGUCCGAAGUACGCUUCCCUGAGCCUGUACAACACUUACAAGGGGCGCUCCCUGGAAACUCAGCGCACCACCAUCGCAACGCGCCAUGGCCUGCAGAGCCUUGGUAAAGUGGCCACAACACGCCGCGUGCCGGCUCCUCCCAACUCGUCCGGCCUGAAUGCCGAGGGCGGUACGGACGGUGACGACGCCCAGGGAUGGACAGACACUGCCAGUUCGGCUGCUACGCAGCCACAGCAGCCACAGCAGCCGGAGUUGCCGCCGCAGCAGGAUUCAUCUCCAUCUGCCGAGACACCGGAUUCCGAGAGCACAGAACCAGUUGCCCCCCCCCCAAGCCAGACGACGCCUGCGAGUGCAGAGGUGAAUACGAGCGGGGCCACUGGCCCCCCAGCGAAUGCUGGUGGGAAUGGGGGCACAGUGGCCAGAACCUCCCCCCCGCCCGCCGCUACAAGCCGAUCCUGGGCCCAACCGGCAGCCAAGCCCGUCGAAGUUGGAGCACGAGUGGGCGGCCUCGCUCAACUCUCCCAGAGGGAGUUCCCGUCGCUGGGGGCGGGUGGGGAGCAGGUCCCGGCCCCUCCCUCCGACGCUACGUCUGGGCGCGCACUAAACCUCCGCCCACAGAAUGUAAGCAGCUGGCGUGAGGGUGGGGGUCCGGGCGGGCGAGAGGAAGGCCCCAGUACAGGGCUUUUGCCCAUCCCCACCAUGGGGGGCCCCAACGGGGGUCCCCUUGCUCAUGCUGCUGGAUACCGCCCGGACGGUACGCCGUUUGGGCCCAGGUUUGGGCCACCACCUGGUGGCCGGGCCUACCCUGCAGCACAGCAGCCUGAUGGCAGACGUGGAGCGCGGCCGCCCUGGCUCACAGAAGCUGACCGGCCAUCCAUCGUGAAAGCAAAUGAUCUGAAGGAGCUGGACACCCUGGAUACAGAGGCUGAUGAUGGCUGGGCUGGGGUGCAGGAUGAGGUCGACUACACGGAGAAGCUGAAAUUCAGUGACGAUGAAGAUGAGGAAAGGGGCGGGAGCACACGGUCUUGGGCUGACAGUGCGGGUCCAGGAGCUGUGUCCGAAGGGGGGGCUGCUCGUGGCUCUGAUGCCUCGUCUGGAGCUGUGUCUACGAGCUGGGGAGAUACUGCCCCCUCCCCCCCUCCGUCUGGGCCUGGCUCAGCCAACUGGGGAGAUGCUCCUGUCAGGCCGCGGCCACAACACCCGGCAUCGUGGAGUCAACAUCAGCCGCCACGGGAGCCCAUGCGUGGGGGUCAUGAGCACAGGGGAGGUCCUCCUAUCGUGGUUCCUCAGCCGCUCUUAGCAGGCCCAAGGGGGCCCCCUGCCCUCAUUGUCAAUCAACAGCGCUAUUUGGGAGGGCCCCACCAAGGUCCAGGGCACCUUCAGGGUCCUAUUCUACACCAUGGUCCAGGGCCUCAUCAGGGCCCUAUGCUCCACCUGGGUCCCCACCAAGGUCCAGCAAAUUUCCAGGGUCCCCACCAGGGUCCCGGACCCCACCAGGGCCCCGGUCCUCACCAGGGCCCCGGGCCUCACCAGUGUCCCGGUCCCCACCAAGGUCUUGGGCCUCACCAAGGUCUUGGGCCCCACCAGGGUUUUGGGCCCCACCAGGGUUUUGGGCCCCACCAGGGUCCCGGGCCCCACCAGGGUCCCGGGCCCCAACAGGGUCCCGGGCCUCACCAUGGUCCUGGGCCUCACCAGGGUCCCGGGCCCCACCAGGGUCCCGGGCCCCACCAGGGUCUCGGGCCUCACCAGGGUCCCGGGUCUCACCAGGGUCCCGGGUCUCACCAGGGUCCCGGGCCUCACCAGGGUCCCGGGCCUCACCAGGGUCCCGGGCCUCACCAGGGUCCCGGGCCCCACCAGGGUCUCGGCCCUCACCAGGGUCCCGGGUCUCACCAGGGUCUCGGGCCUCACCAGGGUCCCGGGCCUCACCAGGGUCCCGGGCCUCACCAGGGUCCCGGGCCUCACCAGGGUCCCGGGCCUCACCAGGGUCCCGGGCCUCACCAGGGUCCCGGGCCUCACCAGGGUCCCGGGCCUCACCAGGGUCCCGGGCCUCACCAGGGUCCCGGGCCUCACCAGGGUCCCGGGCCUCACCAGGGUCCCGGGCCUCACCAGGGUCCCGGGCCUCACCAGGGUCCAGGCCUCCUUAAGGGUCCUGGGCCCCAACCCAUACCUGUUCCCCCACAAGGACCUGCUAUCGGGGGCCCAGAUGAUGAGGCGUGGCGCACCCGUCGCCGUGAUCAGCAAGGUGGCCCUGUGGCUGCGGAUGGUCCUCAUGGAACAGCUCCACAUAGAGGCGGGGGCACGUGGGGCAGCAGCGCAGAGGUGUCGGCAGCGGUGGAGCGAGCGCGACAGCGCAGGGCGGCCGAGGAGAAGAGGAUGGAGGAGGAGCGUCUGGCAGCCUGCGCUCAGAAGCUGCGUCUGCUAGAAAGCAAGAUGGCCGCCAGCGUUCCGGCUGGCAGCGGCGGUGGAGCUGCGGCAACGGCAGCCGGGGCAGCUCCCGCCAUCGGCGGGGCCAGUGACAGCACUGGCGAAGACACCGUUUCUGAGGACGGGCCGAGCGCUGUGCCAGCAUCGUCGGCGGCCGCAUCGGCGCCUUCGGUCACAGCGGCGGCUUUCAGCGCGGGGGAGACGGCUUUGAGUGUGGACAUGGCCGCUACGGUGGGAGACGAAGCCACUCCGGGCACAACCACGGGCGAUGCCGUCCCAAGUGUGGGGGACGCCGGGCAUUUGGCAGGUGGGGCUGUUGCAGCGGUUGGGGGAGAAGUUUCUGCGGAAGCAGACUCGACUCCAGCAACAGCGAUCGUAUCGUCAGCAAUGAGUGGAGGUUGUGCCUCCCCACUGCUCGACACACCUGUCUUGAACUUAGGUACAGCCAAAGAUUGUGUCGCUGCGAGCACAGUCGAUACCGAUAAUUCGUCCACCCCUGACUCAGAUUCGACAGCUAACGAGAGUCACGCACCAAGCACGCGUGGGCCACCUCUACGAAUCGUCACAAGGAAUGAUGGCCUGGGCAAUGCCGGCCCGAGACCCGACAGCGGCAACGACAGCGGCGGUGGUGGCGGCAUCAUUCGGAGUGCCAGUGGUGACCAUGACCAACCCAGGGGAGUGGUGGUGGACGACCGUAGGCCCAGGGGGGGGACAGUUGGUACCGUCGGGCGGACUGUGGGUGCUGGCAGUGGCACCUCUGCACCACCAACAGCUGAUGCUGCAUCGGUUCCCUUCUCGGGCUCAGCGGUUGGAGCAAAGGCGGUGACUCGGGUCGGCCCCAUUGGGACUGCGGCCUCACCAACGGGAAGCGAUGGCGGGCCCGGUGGAGGAGUGAGCGGGCCGCUCGCACCCCCAGUAGCUGCACCGAUAGUCAGCACAGGCCAUCCUGUUGGGCCUGUGGGGACGGCGACGGCCGAGAGCGCCGCUGGGGCCAGGGGUAGCACGGAAAAGCGGCAUGCGGUGGCCGAGGGCGAGGUCAUGGUGGAAGCAAGCGCUGUGGGUGGCCGAGCAGGGCCACCUGGCGGAGAGUGGCGUGAUGGUGAAGGCCCGAGCAAGCGGCGGCGGAGGGACAGCCGUUCUCCCACCGCGGCCCCACCGCAGCACCACCCAGAGCCACGGCCGACGUUUGUCCGCCAGGAGAGCGAGGAGACGCAGCCCCGAUCAGAGAGCGCCCCGCUCCCUCAUGCACACGCGCAUACUCAUGCUGGGGCCAAGACCUACCAUAAGACGCUCCCCCCGCGCUUCCAGCGCCAACAGCAGGAGCAGCUUCUGAAGCAGCAGUGGCAGCAAUGGCAGCAGCAGGGUCCUGACCCAGGCCAGCCCAAUCAGUGGCGGGGAGGUUCUGCCAGUCCCCAAGAACAGAGCCAGCCUACUCAGUGGCGGUCAGCCGGUCUACCGGACCCAUCUAGCCAGCCUCCUCAGUGGAGAGGGGUUAUGGGCAGUGGUGUCGUUGGGCCCGAUCCGGCCUCUUCCAUGCAGUGGCGUGGUAGCGGCGGCGGCGGUGGCGGCGGUGGCGGUGGUAGCGGGAUGAUAUCCGACCCAGAAUCUCCCACAUCACGGAGGGGGGGUGGCGGACGGCACAUGCCAACGUCCCCACAGGCGUUCGAUGCAUGGAGGCCUCCUCAACCGUAUGUGGACAUGCGAUUUGCCACAGGACCUACCUCUAGGCGCGAGCGAGCUGACAGCGCCAGCUCAGAGCCGUAUGAACCCCGUCAAGGUCACGUGGUGGAGCGUGAUGUCCGUGUGGGGCAUCCCAACGUCAGCAGGCAACACUCGGACACGGAGGAGCGCCGUGGUCCACUGCUACGCAAUCCAGAUGAACCGGCACAUGGACCUCGGGACCAACAGCCUCAGCAGCAGUUGCAGCAGCUGCCAGAGCAGCCGAGAGGAGGACCUCAUGCACAGGCGCAGCGCAGCAACCAGGAGCGACGACCGAAGGAAUUCCAGGUGCCCGCGCCAGCCCAACGUUCGACGUCACUGGAAAAUGGUCAGGCACAGCCAGCGAGUGCUCUUCCAUCCCCAACGAGCGGUGCGACUGCGCGCCACCCAGCCCCGUCACCUGCUACCAGUCCCGUGUUCUUGCCCACGUCUGCUCCGCCGGUUCCUUACCAGGGGACGUCCAAGCCGCACCCGGUAUCCUCGGCGCCAGGCUCCCAACAGGCGGUGACGACGCCCAGCGGCGCCCCUCUCCCCGCCGCCGCCCCUUACACCAGCAGUGGCGAGGUGGCAGCCCCAGUCCGGGAAAGACCCCAUUCGUCUUCAUCGUCGGUGGUUUCAGCCUCGUCAUCUCAAGGUGGCAGUGUGCCUCCGCAACAGCAGCAGCAACAGCAGCAGCAACAGCAGCGGAACACGGCACCACCCAUGUCGUUCUCUGGUCGCCGCGAAGCACGCACAGAAACGCGGUGGGGGCCAAAGCCAGGCAGCGGGCGGCGCAGCAGUGCAGGCACCCAGGCCGGCACCGGUGGGAGGAAGCCGGUUUUGCGUGACAUGAAGGUGGGGGAAAGGAGCGACGAAACUGAUGAUGGUAGGGCAGCAGGUGGCAGCCGGCAGCAGCAGCAGCAGCAGUCCUCGCAUCAGCAGCAGGAACCGACGCAAAACACUAGGCAAGCAUCCCAGAGCAAAGGCGGCUCGCGCAGCCGGGGCGAGAGGGACGACGCCAAGGCCGCCGACGCUGGAACAAGCGACAAGGCCAAGGGUGACGGAUCUCAGGGCUCGGUCAAGGGGCAGGAGCCGAUUGCACCCUCGGCACCCGGGCCGCGUGGCAGCCAGCAGUCCAAGGACUCAAGCCGGCAGAGGGAUGCCUUUCCCAGUAACGACAGCCAUGGCUUUCCGCAAAACCAACGACGACGGGAUGGGACAUGGCCGCGGGGCCGGGGGUCCGGACCCCGAGCGUUCAUGGCGCCUAUUGGCACAACUGGCGGGGGCACAUCUAGCAGUGGCAGCGCGGAAGGGAAUGCCGUGCCUAGCACCGUCUCUGGCCGGGAAUACUCUGGCCGAGGUCGUGGGGGUGGUGGUGGUGGUGCUGCCAGCGCUCGUGGGGUUCGACCAACGCCUGCGUACAGAGGCGGCCGUGGUCGGCAGCGUGAGUUUCAGGCGAAAUUCCCGAAUCAGCAGCAGCAAGUGCAGCAGCAGCAGUACCAGCAGCAGCCCAAGGCUCGGGCAGCGCAGCAGGCGAGCUCACCGGCACGGAGCGAGGGCUCCGAGUACGAGGACCAGACGAUCCGACGGAGACGGCAGCGUGGCUCGGAGAGCGAACCCGAGAGCGACAACAACAACGAGGACGACGAGGACAACGACCGCGCAAGCACGGACGCCAGCGAGGGCCCGGCCCCCGUGCCCGCUGCUGCGCCUGCUGCGCCCAGUGGUGGUGCCGGCGGUAGCAGCGGAGGUGGCGGUGGUGGGGCUAGUCGGCCUGAGGGGAGGCCUCAUCCUCGCAGGGACGUGGGCUCGGGGAGGGUGGGUGAAUCCAGGGGCCACCGUGCAGCCCCAGGAGCCAGGUCUGGCCACAGAGAUCACCGGUCGGAAAACACCGACAUCAGGCGGGGUGACACGGACAAGCAACAUGACUACGAGCGAGAUGACCGGCCUCCAGCGCCUGACCGCCGACGCGACAACUUCGCUGGCUCCGGGGGAGCGGGCGGCGGCUCCGGCACGGGCGAGAGGGGCAGCGCGGCAGGGGGAGAACGCGCAGAGAGGGGAGGCGCCGUGUUCUCGGCGCGCGGGCAACCGUCUCGCCGCGGACGAGGCGCUGCGUACCUAGGGCGCGGGCGGAACGGCGCGGCCCCCCGGUCGCACGGCGGCGCGAGGGCCGGGGAGGCGGGCGAAGGGGGUGGUGGUGGCCCUGCUGAGCCUGGAGGUGCUGACAAACCCGCAGACAAGUCGCAGUGGCAGCCAAAGCCAGAACGGCGUUUCACUCGAGGAGGAGGAGGAGGAGGUGGCGGCGGCGGUGGUGGUGGGGGUGGCGGCGGCACCGGUGGUCCCCCAUCACGGCGUGGUGGCACUGAGGGCCCACCCAGGCGCCACCAGGCCCUGGGCCACCCGCAUGGCCACGCGGCGUCGUGGCAGCGGUGGCAGGAUCGACCGCCGCGGUUCACGCGUCGACGCCACUCUCCCGGGUCGGCGGCGAUGGCGGCAACCAGCGGCCGCGUGGAUCCCUCCUCCCGCGGGCCGGCUGGCACUGCCACGUCUGGGACCGCCGUGUCGCCCGAGGGGGCGGCCAUCGGUGGAGGAGGGGCGGUUGCCGGGGGGGCGACAGUUGGAGAUGACGCAGCGGGCCCUCCAGGUGGGGGAGCCCGCUCCCCCGAACCGUCCGACCUAGCUAACGAGGAGUGGGAGACGGCUUCAGAGAGCAGUGACUUCACAGAGAGAGAGCGCAAGAUCCGCACUCGAGACAUGCACCCCAGGGGUCCAGACUCCUCGAGUGGCGAUGGCAGUGGUGGUGGCGGAGGCAGUGGAGGAGUAACCGGUGGCGGUGGGGGCGGUGGAGGAGCAGGUGGGGGCGGCGGGGGCGGUCGCGGGGCCGCUCCCCCUCCCGGAGGCCCUGCCCAGGGUUCAUCUCGCCGGGCACUGGGGGGCGGCCCUCGGGGAGGAGAGCGGGAGAGGACAAAUCGACGGCUGGCGGGGGGCGGGAGGGGGGACCGGGUGAGCGCGAUGGCACACCGAGCCAAGAAGGGAGUGCCAGAGCGCAUCGCCAGCGCCGCAGGGGGUGGCGGCGGCGGUCCCCCAUCGGAGCCCCCCCCAGACCCCCAACAGGCUCAGGCCAAGAGGCAGGAGUCGGAGGCCAAGAAGGCCAAGGAGAAGGCGGACGCCAUCUCACAGUUCGACCUCAACAACUACGCCAGCGUGGUGAUCAUCGACGAUCACCCCCUGCUGAGCAUGGAGGAGGCGGAGGACCCGCAGAGCGCGGGCGCCGGCUUCACUCAGGUUCUGUCCAAGCGACAGAAGCGUCUCCAGGACAAGAAGGAGGAGCCCAUCGCUCCGCAGGUGGCGACCAAGGGCCGCCCCGAGAAGGAAAAAAAUCGCAACAGCAAUAAGCUGCCGCCUCGCCUGGCUAAAAAGCAACAGCAGCAGACGCAGCAGCAGCAGCAGGCUGCACAGCAACAGCAAGGGCAGCAGCCAGCCCAGCAGUUGGGAAUUCAGCUGCAACAACAGCAACAGCAGCAGCUCCCAGCCCCUGCACAACAGCCAAACUUGCAGCAACUCGGUCAACAGCAGCAGCAGCAGCAGCAGUCACAACCUCAACAACAACAACAGCAGCAGCAGCAGCAGGGCAAAGUGCAAGAGUUUGGAAUGAACGGAGCGAGUGAUGUUGGAGCAGCUGUGGCUGUUCCCAGCAAUGGAGCGCAGGCAGACGUUGGAAAGAGAGUUGGGCCUCUGAUCGCAGCGCCCGUGCCGCCUCCUGUGAAUGCGUGGAACAAGCCCCUGACGGCACGAGCCGGCUCCACGGAGCUGGCCCCAGGCAAGGCGGAGGGAGGCACGGAACCCGCGCGGGAGGAUGCCGUGGCGGUCUCUAGCCCCGCCAUCCAGCAGACCUCUGCCCAGCAGGUCCCUGGUCCCGCCCACCAGGCCGUCACAACCUCCGCCCUGCUCGCCCCAAGCUCCGCCCAGCAAACUCCGUCGGGCUCAGCUCACGCUCCCAGCUCUGCGUACCAAGUCGUGGGGUCCACUCACCUGGUGUCGGGCUCUGCGCCCCACCCCAGCGUAAGCUCGAGCCACAUCGCUGGGCCCGCCCAUGCGGAGGUGCCUCCGGGCGGUGUGGAGGCAGUCGGAGGAGGUGCCGCAGGAGCCGAGCCCAAGGAGCAGAGAGCGCGGUCGUCCCGGGCCCAGCGCGAGCCGGUUCGCGAGACUGCAAGCGAUCGUGCUGAUCCUACGCCAGGCCCCGUGGGGAAGGAGCGCUCGCUGAGGCAGAGGAGGGAUGACACCCCGACGGCAGCAGUAGCAGCAGCUGGUGGUGGUGGCGGCAGCACCACUGGUGCUGGCAACAACGGUGUCGCUGGGGGAGUGGUGCUGGGUGACAAGAUAAGCCCGGUCGCCGUCGGAGCGGAGACUGUGAGCGUCGCGCUGUCCGGGGUUGAAGCACCCGAGUUUGUUCCCGCCCAGGCACGGUGUUCAUCGGAGGAGCGUCGGCAGCAUGGCCACGCUGCCAUUAAGGAAACCGUGAAUGUGUACACGUCGACUGCUGUAUCGACGGAACCCCUGCCGGCCCAUGACCCCACCGUCCUGGACACAUCGCUCGUGUCUACUGUGCCCAUCCCUCGAACUGUCCCACGAAGCAGCAGUAACAGCAGCAUCAUUCCUGGGGCUCUGUCUGCAGCCGACCUCACGCUAAAGAUGGAGUCGGCGCGGAAGGCGUGGGAAAACUCCCCGCGCCUGGGCGGUGGCGGCGAGCCGGCGCCGGCGCCCCCACCGGCGGGCCCCCCCCCGCCACCCCCCACCACAGCCAGCACCGUGGCGGUCAACGUCGUGGCGGCACCGGGGCCCGGCGGGGCCGUGGGGCCCCUCGCCUCGCCCCGGGACGCCAUGGGGCCCGCUGCAUACGGCGGCUACGCAGGCACCAUGUCGAUGGCCGACGCCGGUGUCUCUUCCAUACCCGUGAGCUACCACGGGGUGGUGGUGUCAUCCUCAUCCGCGUCUUCGCUCGCAGCCAAACCCAACCUGCUCACCUCUGAGCACGCCAGCAACAUCUGCAAGGUGAAGCCACAACAGCAGCUCCAGCAGCAGCAGCAACAACAGCAACAGCAGCAGCAACAGCAACAACAGCAGCAGCAACAACAGCAACAGCAGCAGCAACAACAGCACCAACAGCAAGCUCAGCAGGCGGCCAGCCAGCUGUCCCUAAUGCCGCAGCUCACCCAGAUAUCACAGCUUUCGCAGUUGUCCCAGCUGAGCUGUGCGCCAUCCAUGAUGCACCAGCAGCAACAGCAGCUGUACCUUUCUCAGCCGGGACCAGCCCCAACCGGACAGUUCCCAACGUACUACCACGUGGACACGUCGCACCUGUUCCCGAUGCAGCAGGCACGCGUUGGGGGCGGCCCCCCAGCCAUGCAGCAGGGCCAGGCCUACCAGGGUGGGCCGGGCGGUGGGGCGGCCCCACCUGGGCCCCCUCCCGGCCCACCCCAGGCCAUGCACCACCAGCCCCAGAUGCCCUUCUCGCUGUACUCGCAGCAGUUGGGCCAGCAGCAGGCCGUGAGCCAGCCUGCACCACCGCAGGGGCCUGAAAUGUUUGGGCCGUCUCUACAGCUGUUCCGGUCCGGCCAGGCAUUCUUGCAGCCAAGCCUGACGCAGCCGUCGGCGCUGGUGCUGUCGGCCGGCAACCCCCCAAAGCCCCUGUACGGGGGAGGCUUCGCGUCGGACAUGGGCAAACAGUACAGCCAGGCGGCCCCCCAGCCUGCUCCGCCACCACCACCGCACCAGCCUCUGCCCGCCUUCAUCUAUGAGCAGACGCCAAUGAUGGACUCGACUCACCUCAUGCAGGCACGACAGGGCAUGGGCCAGCUCGGCGUGUACUCCCAGCCCCAGCAGAGUGGUUUCUACGCCACCUCACAGUCACCGGCAGCCGCCCUGCAGCACAUGGGGCUGCCCAUGCAGGGAUACGGAGGCACCCAGCAGACGCUCAUCGCCCUCCAGGGGAUGUCGCAGCCGUCGAUGGCGGCCCCGCAGGCGAGAGGCGUCCUCGCGCACUCGGCACCGCGAGCCAUCUCCAACCAGGUCCCACGCUACACGCCCAGCCAGCACAAGAUUUUCCAGGUGUCGGAUUAUGGCGUAGCCGGAGAGGUGAAACAUCACACUCCUCCGCAAACUCCGCACGGCAACACCCCGGCUACGAGCCCUUUCAGGCCGGGUUCUAUCAGUCCAGGUUUGGCCGGGAGUUCCUCGACUAAAGGUUCAGGGGUCGGCAAAACUGGAGGAGGCCCCCCACAAUCCACCCGUGUGGGCCAACCUUUCACACAGGUCUACCAGCACCAGGCGCCCCGACCCCCGCCAGUGUCAUCCCUGAGCACCUCUGCAUCGCCGUUCUCCCCGGUGACGCCCAUCCAGCGCUACACCGUGCCGGCCCCCACCCAGGCAGCCCCACCGGCCGCGGCCCCGGCUAACGUGGCCCCCACGUCCGGCACGCAGGCGGCCGGCGGCGGCGGCGUCGUUGUCGUCGUCGCCGCCGCCGCCGCCGCCCCUCCGGUGUCCCAGCGUCCCGUGAGCGCCCAGGGACAGGGUGGGGGCCGAAGCAGUGGGGGGGGAGCCCCACCCCCAUCACUGGGCUCAGCAGUGGGGGGGGGCCAACCACCCGCAGCCUCGCUGGGGGGCCCGGCGAGCGUGCGCCCCGGCGUCACGCACGGAGCCCCCUUACCCCGCGUCACCGACCAGAUCAAGGCGAGACAGAGGGCCGAGGUUCUGCAAUCCACGCAGCUCUUCUUCUCCGGACAGCAAUCGGUCGUACACCAUCCGCAGGUGCCGCAGCAACAACAACAACAGCAACAACAGCAGCAGCAGCAACCGCCACCACCCCAGCAGCAGCAACAACAACAACAGCAGCAGCACAAAACGUCCACAACAACCAAACCCGAGGUGACGGAGGCCCCACCGGAGCGCGCGGCGGUCGAAUCCGAGCCGACUCUGAUCACGACGCCGAUGCCUGCCCAGACGACGGCGGCGGCGACGACGACGACGACGCCGCUGGCCCAGACGCCGUCGCCACAGGCAGCCAUUGGGAAACCAGUGCGCACCGGGCCCAUCAAACCCCAAGCGAUCAAGUCAGACGAGGGCAAGUGAUAAAGGGUUGGGGGUGGAGGGGGGGAGUGCUGUCAUAGCGUGUUAUUGGCGUGCGAGUACGUGUGGGUUGCUUGCGUGGGGCAGCCUGCAAGGCUUGACGUGUAAGUGCGAGCGGGGGUGGGGUACAUUUGUGCGAAGGUGUGAAUGUGUGUGGUGUGUGUGUGUGUGCGCGCGCGUGCAUUAGAUCAGGCCUUGGCUACAGGCUUGGUGUAGAGUCUAUAGCUUAAUUGCUGUAGUCAUUCAUAGCUCUGAAGCUUGGGGUAAUCAAAUGCUGUUGUUACUUCAAUUGCCCUGGCCCAACCCGGUGUAUGAUGGUAGUGACGCCCUCCCCCGAUUUCGAUUUCCUUCACGCAUGCGGCAGCCCUUGCAGUGGACCCCCAGAGUGCGUUGUCCGUGACACGUGGGAAGAAAAUUAACUACAUUACCUUCUGAUAUUUACAGCUCUAUUAAAAUUCAGCGCUAUCACUAUUGCUGAACAUCUCUUAUUAGUAUUGCAAGCUUGAGGCGAAGCUGAGAACCAUAAUUGUAACAAUUGCUUGCCCAUGCAACAGCAUAGACAUCUAUUAACUGGUAUGAUUACUAGUUUAACGAAACAAUACAAUUGCUCGUGAUUUACAACAAUGUACUCGGACAGCAUGGCUUGAGAGCUUCCAAAUUGGACAUGUACCGCAUCCUUUGAUCUCUAUAAAAUUAUAUAAGAAAAUCUUAACCUGACAUCUGAAUGACAACUGAAUUAACGGUGUAAAGCUUCACAGUAGAUUCAUUUUUCAGUCUCGACGUUACAAUUGCUGUAUUGUAACAAGCCCAGCUCACUCACUGUUCGCUGACCAGUAACUUUAACAUUGGCUACUUGCAGUCCGCCCACCCCAUAAGCAAUGUACACUGGGCAUCGCAAGGGCGCUGUCUCUCGAAUGCUCAGCGACUUUGCCUAAUUUAAAAAUAAGACUGAAGCGUAUUCUUGGUUCUUUCGGUAAAGUCACGUAGAAUGGAAACAAUAAAAUCAUAAAAAUAUAAAAAAAUAACAUUCUCACGACGUUUCGACUGCAACACA